AGGGGCCGGGUGACCUCACUCGCCGGACUCUGCGGCCAUUAAACCGGCCACUUCCCAGGCCAGCCGGCCGUCCUGCUCCUGCCGCCGUGCGCCAGGCUCCUCCCGCCGCCGCUGACACUGAGGGUCCCGGAGGAGAGAAGAUGCGCGCGCUCAUUCCAGAGCCCAAUCCCGGAGACCUGAUCGAGAUUUUCCGCCCUUUCUACAGGCACUGGGCCAUCUACGUGGGCGACGGCUAUGUGAUCCACCUGGCCCCCCCAAGUGAAAUUGCCGGGGCGGGUGCCUCCAGCAUCAUGUCUGCCCUGGCGGACAAGGCCGUGGUGAAGAAGGAGCUGCUGUACGACGUGGCUGGCCGAGACGUGUACCGGGUCAAUAAUAAGCAUGACCACAAGUACCCGCCGCUGCCUCCCAGCAAGAUCGUCCAGAGCGCGGAGGAGCUGGUGGGCCAGGAGGUACUUUACAAGCUGACCAGCGAGAACUGCGAGCACUUCGUGAAUGAGCUGCGCUACGGGGUGGCCCGCAGCGACCAGGUCAGAGAUGUCAUCAUGGCUGCUGGCAUUGCAGGGGUGGGCUUGGCAGCCGUGGGCCUCAUCGGAGUCAUGUUCUCAAGAAACAAGCGGCAAAAGCAAUAAGUGGAAGAGACUGGCCCAUCAGCCACGACUUUAUCUAUGAAGGGGAAUUGGAUUGGCUAGAGGGUUUGCUUGGUGGGUGAAUUCUAUUUUAUAAUAAGGCUUAUUUUCACAGAAUAAAAAUAAAGCCCAAAAGUGAGGGCUUGACUGGGGUGUAGCAGCAA